CAGCAGCGAUGAUCAUGAAGACAAGUCCGACUCGGAUGACGAUGACAUCGAGGCUCAAAUCAGAAAGGAGGUCGAAGGACUAAAGCCCAGCGCGAGCAAGUCCCGUCCGUUCCAUGCUAUCAGGAUGGACCUGCCAUGUUUGUCAUUUGUACGAUUCGACAAAUCCAUUGAUCCCGAGAAAAUGGUUCACCAGCUUUGCACUGAAGCCUCUGCCAACCCUGAAAAGAAGCGAUCCAGAUGGAUCCAACGCAUGACUCCUGCAAUUUCUGUUCGCAAAACUCUCAGUGUCGACCUGGAGGCCUUUGCGCGGGAAAUCCUCAAGCCUCAUUUCCAUUCUGGGGGACCCCCUAAGAAGUACGCCAUUCGACCUGUGGUGAGAAGCAACAAGAAGUUCAACCGCGACGUCGUCAUUAAAACCGUUGCGGAUGUCGUGGGACCCGAGCAUCCUGUUGAUCUUACGAACUACGACUUAAUCAUCCUUGUCACAGUUAUCCAGAACGUAAUUGGCAUGAGCGUUGCCGGGAGCGACUACGAUCGGCUAAAGAGGUAUAAUUUGGCCGAGUUGUACGAUCCAGCACCAGCAUCUGAGCCCGCCGAAACCCAGGCCUGAGCCCACUAGGUAAAGUUUGGGAUAUAUUCACUUCUUGAAUUUCUUCUCUUGGAUCAUGAAUAAUCUCUGGCUGCACCUCGCAGCCGAUGAUAGCAAAAAGUAAGAAAAGUGUAUAUACAGAGUUCGUGGUGUCCUUACCAUCCAUCGACCUUCCCAUAGAAUCAUCCGGCAACGCGCCACAUAAUCUCGAUAGCAUAUCCAUGGUGUGCAGGAAACCCCUUCGGCCCGGUGUGCUGUAAUCAAGGUAUAGGAGGUUCAAGCGGGGGAGAGCUUGGUUCCCCCGUCUCCCCGCCGCAGGGACGGUCCGCCUGGUAGAUAGCCUGAUUCAAGAAGGGGAAGAACAGGGUCGUCCAAAGUUUCCCAGACACCACAAUGG